AUGGAUCCUUCAGUUGUGUCUAGCCUUAAUACAGGAAAGCUUUAUGCAACCUUUCCUGUAAGGAGGAAUCACAAGAGCUGCACCAUUGCAUGUAAAGCUAUCCAAAUGACCUUGGGAAAGGAGGUCAACUACUAUAAAGUUUUAGCACUCGAUUCGAAGAAUGUGGGUGUCGAGGCAAUCAAGAGAGCUUACAGACGCAUGGUUCUUCGCUACCACCCUGAUGUUUGUCCACCUUCAGAGAGAGAGGAGUCCACACAAAUGUUUAUAGAGCUCCAAAGGGCUUAUGAGACUCUGUCCGAUCCAGUUUUACGUGAGAAAUAUGAUCGUCAGCUGGGCUUGGUUGAAGUGGGAGAUGAACAAGAAUUCAGAGGAGCAGGGAGAACCGUAUUUCCCAAAGAAGUGUGGAUUAACCAGCUCAAUGAACUGGAGGCCAGGUCUGCCGAACGCAUUAGAAAGAAGAAAUUUGGAUAUAGGUAA